AUGGGAAAGAACCAAUCCAAGCUCUCGCCAGAGCAGCUCUCGGACCUGCAGAAGAACACCUACUUCGACCGAAAGGAGCUGCAGCAAUGGUACAAGGGCUUCCUCAAGGACUGCCCUUCCGGCACACUCGACAAGCAGGAGUUCUGCCGCAUCUACAAGCAGUUCUUCCCAUUCGGUGAUCCAUCGACGUUUGCGGAAUACGUGUUCAACGUGUUCGACGAGAACAAGAACGGCACCAUCGAUUUCAAGGAGUUUAUUUGCGCUCUGAGCGUCACUUCGCGCGGCAGGCUGGACGAGAAGCUGCGUUGGGCAUUUCAGCUCUACGACAUUGAUGGCGACGGAACCAUUACAUACGAUGAGAUGCUCACCAUCGUUAGGAGCAUCUACAAGAUGACCGGCCAGAUGGUCAAGUUGCCAGAAGACGAGGACACGCCAGAAAAAAGAGUGGACAAGAUCUUCCGCAUGAUGGACCGCGACAAGAAUGCUCAGCGUAAGUACAGCGCCCCCGCCGAAUCAGUCUCUUUUGAGGAAUUCCAGGAAGGAAGUAAGCAGGAUCCUACGAUCGUACAGGCUCUUUCACUGUACGACGGCCUCGUCUAA